AUGCCUCGCGAAGGAACCCGAUCUGCCACCGGCAACUCCAAGCCGCGUGUCUUCAACCAAGUCGACACCGAGCCCACCAUCAAGCGCACCACCAAGCCCAAGACCACCAAGACCGCUUCCGACGUGGUUGCUUCCAACGCAAAGGCCGCAAAGCCUGUCGGCGUGACCAAGAGCAAGCCCGCUCCCAAGAAGAACGGUGUUGCUGCCAAGACCAAGGCUACCACCAAGAAGGUCGAGACCAAGGCCAAGAAGGCUGUUGGCAGACCCAAGGCUGCUGCCAAAUAG